AUGGCUCCUAAAUACGUAUCUGGAGCUCAAAAAAAGAAGAAGAGAGAAAGUGUAGAAACAUUAUUUCGAAACCAAGCUGGAGAUAUGAAUAAGUAUUUUAAUAACAAGAAACAAAAAGACAAAGAAGGAACACCAGAAAAUUUAAUGAUUGAGGAACAACAGAAUCAAAAUGAUAACGCUAAUAUGGAUGAACGAAAAGAGAACGAGGAAGUGAUUGAACCUGCCAAUGUGUGUGAAUCAAAGCAGAAUGAUGAAAAUAAUGUUCAACAUGAAGAUUUAAAUCAAGAUAAUUACUUUUCUUUGAAUUUUGAGGAUCUUGGAAAUUGGAAGGACGUUCACAUUGAUCAAAAAACAAGGGACAUUCUAGUUGAAAUGGAUCCAAAAAUAGUUGAUAACAUUUUAUUUCCCAAAGAUAGUCAAGUUAGACAUUUUGAUUCAUCACAAUAUAAGCAGUUACUUGCAAAUGGGCAGACAACUGAUAGAAGAUGGUUAGCGUAUUCAAUUUUUUUAGACAAGAUAUUUUUUUUUCCUCCAAGUUGUUUAAGACAGAAAAAACGAUGA